AUGUUAAAAAUGACCCGGUUACUGGUCAGGCACUUUUGUGCCAUAGCAUCUGAUCAGCAUCGUGCACCUUCAGACAGCAUCAAUGAUGAAUCAGAUUAUGAAUCCGACCAUUCAGAACACACACCUUCUCCACCAUCCACCCCACGAAAGAAACAAACCUUGGUAGCAGUAACUCCAACACCUAUACGAAACAUUACUAGGGAAUUAGCUCUUGCUCAAGUUGCCUCUCCACACAGAAAUGGUCAAUCAAGUUUCUAUCUUCGUGCUACACCUCGUACUUUAGCAAAUGGCAACAAAUUGUGUCAACAAGCCAAAGCACUUUUCCGGAGAACAGCCAUUCCUUCUCGGUUGGUUGGCCGAGGAAAUGAACGGUCGACUAUGAUGGAUUUUUGGAAUGCUCAUGUUCUAGGAAACAAACCUGGCUGUUUAUAUGUUUCCGGAUCUCCGGGUACAGGAAAAACUGCCAUGCUGACCGAGAUUAUUCGAAUUACAGAAGAUGAGGUCGGGGAACUGCGUACACACCAAGUUAAUGUGGUAAUGGUUAAUUGUAUGAGUGUGGGAGAUCCCAAAGCAAUCUACACCAAGAUUGUAACAGAGCUUAAAGGAUCAGGAUCCAAACCAAAUCCAGACAUGGAUGCAGUGCAAGAAGCAGAAAUGCUGUUGAAUGGCAAGAGCGAAGUUCUAAAUGUAGUAGUCUUGGAUGAGAUCGAUCAUUUGAUUACAAAAGAUCAAGAUGUACUUUAUAAAGUUUUUGAAUGGGCAUCUAUACCGUCCUCUCGUCUCGUUCUCAUUGGCAUUGCCAAUGCCCUAGAUUUGACUGAUCGUAUCUUGCCUAGACUUCGAGCGAAGAAUUGUGAACCACAAUUGCUCAAUUUUAAUCCCUAUAGUGUUUCUGAGAUUACGUCGAUCAUCAAAGAUAGACUUUAUUCACUAGUUGAAAAUGAAGACGAUCCGUUUGGUGCUGCUCCAACACCCAAUGAAAAUACGCCCUUGCCACUCAUACAGUCGGCCGCAGUUGAACUGUGCGCGCGUAAAGUAGCGGCUUCUAUGGGAGACUUGCGAACUGCCUUAGAUGUCUGUCGCCAGGCUAUCGAAAUGGCGGAAAAUGAAUGGAAGAAGAAGACGGCUGCUUUGAUAGCCUCUAAUCCUGAUGCUCCACCAAUUGUAGCCAAAGUUACAAUUGGUCAUGUUAUGAAGGUUCUUCAGAUUGUUUAUGGUAGUCCCAAUGUCCAGAAGCUCAAGCAGCUGAAUCUUCAACAAAAAGUUGUGAUUGGUGUUUUGAUGGUUAUGAAUCGAUCAACAAGCGGGUCAACCAAGAGUCAGAUCACAAUGACAAAGAUCAUAUCUUACUUGCAGUUUCGUGAACAAUAUGGCGUCUUUUGUUCAAAAAGUGGAAGUUCAAUAUCACCAGUAUCGAGAACAGAGCUCAACGAUCUUAUCUCGAUGAUUGAGACUACUGGGAUGAUCACUCUCACAAAUCACAAAGAUGAACGAUUGAGACGCAUUCAACUUUGUGUUACCGAAGACGACAUUAUGCAAAUGAUUCGAAGCGUCAAUGUACUAGACACAUGGAUAGCUGACAUUCUUGAGCAGGAUCCAUAA